AUGAAGUCCUCUAGAUCUUCAACUAUUACUCUUUUUCUUAUCAUCAAUUUGCUUUUCUUUGCAAUGGCAAGUGGCUGCUUCACCUGUACUCAGCCAAAGCCUAACCCUAACCCUUACCCUUACCCUAACCCAAGUCCUGCCGUGAAGAGCUGUCCCAGGGACGCACUUAAGCUGGGUGUCUGCGCCAACGUGCUUAAUGGACCAAUUGGCGCGGUGGUGGGGUCACCACCGGACCACCCAUGUUGCUCGGUGCUAGAAGGGCUUCUUGAUCUUGAAGUUGCGGUUUGCCUCUGCACCGCCAUCAAAGCUAACAUACUUGGCAUUAACCUUAACAUCCCCAUUUCACUUAGCUUGAUCCUUAAUGCCUGCGAGAAGUCGCCACCCUCUGACUUCCUGUGCAACUAG